GGCAUUAAAGGCAAGUGCGAGUGGCGGCGGCAGUCAGUGUGUUGCAGCAGCCCGUACCUGAGACUCGAGAGUGAGACGCAGACAGUCUCGCAAGCAAGCAAGCAACCAACCAACCUCCAGCCUUUUCAGCAAUCGCCAUGAUCCGCACAGACACCCUGACAAUGGCGCGAACGAGCAUGGCGGCGUGCGUGGCGAUCGUGGUGGUGGUGGCGAGCACGGCGCUGGCGGGGCCGACGCGCGGCGGCAUCCCGUUCGGCUCGGGCCCCGCGGCGACGCGGCCCCUGGUGCUCAACCACACCCUGAGCAAGCGGACCCACUUCUUCGACAUCCAGUGCAAGGGCGUCUACGACAAGAGCAUAUUCGCGCGCCUCGACCGCAUCUGCGAGGACUGCUACAACCUCUUCCGCGAGCCGCAGCUCCACUCGCUCUGCAGAAAGGAAUGCUUCACGACCAACUAUUUCAAAGGGUGCAUCGACUCGCUGAUGCUGCAGGAUGAGUUGGAAGAAAUUCAGUCGUGGAUCAAACAGCUGCACGGGGCGCCCCUGUAGCUCGUUGGUCACUCAUAGAUCCGAAUGCUUCAGCACUGACUACUUUUGGGGAUGUGUUCAGUCGUUACUUCUGGUCGACGAAACGGAGGAGUUGCGCAAGAUGGUCGACUUCCUCGGCAAGAAGUAAUCGAGCGACGCCCGCCCCACCGACUCUUCUAUUCUAGUCAUAAUAAUUUAUUUUGCAUUUACAUUUAAUUGAUUAACAACACACCCGAUUUUGUUUUUUCGAAGGCAACUCACCGCGGCUGGGGAUGUUUUGCCUCCGAGUUUGUAUAAUUUGAUAGUGCGAAUUCUUUUCUCAAACUUUGUCGAAGGGUAAAAAAUAAUACUGUAACAUAACGAGAUAUGUUUGUUCGUGUGGAGACCAAAGAUUCAUCUAACAUAAUUAUUAUUAUUUGUUGUAAUGCAAAGCGAUCGUUUUCAGGCUGCGACCUUUAUUUUUAUACACUCACUCACUCACACUCACCCCCGGAACCGAUCUGUUUGACUCUAUUUAUUCCAUCUCUCUCGUUUUACACCCCCGCCCCCCGAACACACGCAUUAAUUUUGCACUUUGACCCGCACAAACAUGUACAUUUGCGCUCGCUAAGUCUCUCAUCGAUUGUUUGUUUUAAUUUUGUAUCGUCGAAAUCGUAAAUAUUUCUCAAUAGACACACGCUAUAGUGAAAAUUAA